CUCGUAUAUCUAUUGAUUGUCAGGUUAAUGCAUUUGUUAUUCCAGAUAUGGCCUUGCAAAUUUCACUGAGAUUACAACAUUUUCUUACGUCUCCAAAAGAAGGGUGCAUUUCUGUCUUUCCUUCUGCAUUCGCUGGAGCUGUUAUUGUCUUCAAACCAACGCAGAUGUCUUGUUCCUCUGUUUCUUCAUCGAGAUUCAACAAUUCUACGAUACCCUCUCUAAAGUUUUCCAACUUACCUCUGGUGGAGGGUAAUUGUAGGAGGAGAACGGGGUUGAGAGCUUCUAAAAUUGAAGAGAAAGUUGGUUCUGAUGGUGGGAAGAAAGAUAAGGAAGAUAAAUUCCGUGAUCAGGAUGAUGAAGAUGAACCGAUACUAAUGGAUGAAGAAGAAAGACGGGAAUGGAGAAAGAAAAUUAGGGAGGUGAUCGACAAGAACCCCGAUGUUGAAGAGGAGGAAGACCCAGUAGAAAGGAGAAAGAAAAUGGAGAAACUUCUAGCCGAUUACCCUCUAGUUGUGGAUGAGGAAGACCCUGACUGGCCAGAUGAUGCAGAUGGGUGGGGCUUCAACUUAGGUCAGUUCUUCAACAAUAUCACAAUCAAGAAUGUCAGGAAAGAUGAUGAUGAGAACUAUGAUAGCGACAAAGAAUUGGUUUGGCAAGAUGAUAAUUACAUUCGUCCAAUAAAAGACAUUACCACUAAGGAAUGGGAAGAAACUGUAUUCAAGGACAUCAGUCCUCUGGUCGUUCUGGUGCACAAUCGAUAUAAAAGACCCCGGGAGAAUGAAACAGUGCGGGGCGAAUUGGAGAAAGCAGUCCACGUCUUUUGGAACUCCAGGCUGCCUUCACCAAGGUGUAUUGCAGUUGAUGCUGUUGUUGAACUUGAUCUGGUCUCUGCUUUGAAAGUCUCUGAUUUUCCUGAGAUUAUCUUCACUAAAGCUGGGAAGAUAUUAUAUCGUGAGAAAGCAAUUCGAACAGCAGAUGAUUUGUCGAGGAUAAUGGCAUUCUUCUACUAUGGAGCAGCCAAGCCACCAUGCUUGAGUAAUUUUGGGGGAAGUCAAGAAGUUAUUCCCUCUGUACCAAGCAACAAGGAAUGCUGAACCAAG